CCAGUCCAGAGUCUACAGACUCCAGUCCAGACAGUCAAGUCAGUUUGGCCGGAUUCAGAAUCGGGGAUAAUCAGUUAGGAUGUGUGUCUGUCAAAGUGAAGUAGAUUAUUAAUUUACUAAUAUUACUAGAAUUUUUAAUAUAUUUCAAAUUAAUUUGUACUUUAAAUAAAGGAAGAGACAUUUUAUUCUACAAAACAUACAAAUAUGACUUCAGGGAAAGAUGCAAUGGGUGAACAACCAAUCUUUACAUGCAAAGCGCAUGUUUUCCACAUUGACCCGAAAACCAAGAGGUCUUGGAUAUCAGCAUCUGCUACUGCUGUGAAUGUUUCCUUCUUUUACGAUUCUACUAGGAGUCUAUACAGGAUCAUCAGUGUGGAAGGUACCAAGGCGGUAAUUAACAGCACUAUAACUCCUAGUAUGACUUUCACAAAGACCUCACAGAAAUUCGGCCAAUGGUCUGACAUAAGGGCAAACACCGUAUAUGGUCUUGGAUUCUCAUCUGAAGCUGAACUGAACAAGUUUAUUGAGAAGUUCCAAGAGGUAAAGGAAGCUACAAGACUAGCUAGUGCCAAGGCCACUAGUAAUGGCACAGCGACUGGAGCAACCCCUGUCACUAGUGCCAACGCCAGUCCUAUCACGGCCCGUGCUGCACUGCCAGAUCCUGCUCCCCUAUUGGACCCACCGCCCCAAGCUCAGACCUGCACGUCCCCUGCCCCUGCCCAGGGGUCUGACGACAGCGACACCUCCCGCAACUCUCAUCAGCGCAGCCAGUCUCUCUCUGGGCUUCAGCCAGGUGAAAGUCCGAAACAUCAGCCGAAUGAGAAUGUAAAACCUGCACCUGUGAUGGCUGCAACCCCUGCAGCAUCUUCCGGAGAAACCCAGCUAAAAUACGAGAAUGAUAGGCUGAAAUUGGCAUUGGCCCACAGUUCAGCAAAUGCAAAGAAGUGGGAAGUUGAGUUGGCAACAUUGAAGAGUAACAACUUGCGGUUGACUAGUGCUCUGCAGGAGAGUACUGCCAAUGUGGAUGAGUGGAAGCGACAGCUGCAUUCUUACAAGGAGGAGAACCAACGUCUAAAAUCCAAGUAUAUCGAAUUGGAGGCAGCUAAAGGUGGAACGGAGGCAGCGGUGGAACUACGGAAGGAACUGGCAACAUUGCGACUCAGAGUGGAGCAGUUAGAGGUAGAGUUGAAGAACAAGGAUGAGGAAUUGAAGAGGCUCAGUGUGAACAAGCAGCCACAUGAAGAGAGGUGUAAGAUCUUGCAGCAGGAGAAUGCCGAGCUGCAGGCAGGAGUUUCGCUGGCUCAGGCUCAGCUGGAGACGGCGCUCGAGGCUCACGAGAGUCAACGAAGGGUCAUGGACACGCUCAACAGCCAGUUCGCUCUCCGCAUACAAGAGUUGGCUGGCAUCCACCGUGAGAUUGCUACUGCACUGCAGUCAUGAGGCUCAGACAGUGCCUACUGGUUCUAGUCAGCGUGCACUUGCGUCCCGCAUACUUUCAGGUGAAUCCACAACAGUAACGUGUGUUCUCUGCAAAAUUCAAAAUUAAUUAUUAAUUGACGUUUGACAAAUUAAUUCUGAUGAAGUUGUGUGUUAGGUUUAUUUAUACACUCACAAUAAGACUAGUGUAUGUUCUUCUGUUUUUUAAAAAACAGUUUAGCUGUCAGGUCUAGGCUGUAAAAGGAAAACCAUAUGUCUUUAUUAGGUAACAUCUGUUAUGUUUUGAUUAAACUUAAAAAAAAUAUUAAUUCCUCUGCAGUGCAGAAUCACUCAAAAAUGUUGUAAGUGCAUAAUUAGAGCCAAUACUUUUUGUCAUUUGGCUCUUAUGAUGACAUAAUCAAGAUCUAUAUAGUUCAUUUUUCUAAAUUCAAAACAAUCUCCAAUAUUAACCAACAUAAACGGUAAAAUACCAUUUUGAAAGAAAUGUACUACUUAAAAUGAAUAUUAUUCUUUGAUAUAUAAUUUUAAUGUAAUCCUAAACAUUAUUUUAGACAGAUUUUUAUUAUAAAUAAAGAAAUAAAAAAAGCAAAUUGAAUAGUUUCAAUGCUGAUCUUUUUAUUGCUUAAAAUGUAAGCAAGUGGUAAAAAAUGCCAGCUUUAAUUCAUACUACUAGAAGAGUGAAUUAGUGACUUUCAUACUUCAUCAGAUAUUAUUAUCAGUAUCACAUAAACCCAAUUCAAUUCUCGACUUCAAUUAAUUACAAUUAACAAUUUUUUUUCUAAAGUGAACCGAAAGUAGGAGACGCAAUGCACUGUGGGAGGAGCACAUACUCAGUGUUGUAGGAUCCGGUAGGCGAAGACUCAGUGUUCUAUGCACAUAGACCCUCUUAUAGAAUAAGUAUUUUUAACGAGUUGUUGCAGCAACAUAUAGAUCUGAUCUGAAGAGAUCUAGAAACUGUUAACACUACAGUGGUAGUUGAAAUUUAACCACCUACCUUGUUACUCUGUUACUCUUGUGCAAUAUAUAAAUGUGCUUGUAAAUUUGAUGAAUGGUGCAAACUAUUUUCGAUUUCUACUAGGAAAUUGAUAAAGCAACUAUCAGCUUUUGUGAGAACUUAAGAUUGUCGUCAAAGUUGAACUUUUGAAACUGUGUACUAGAGAAGUAAUAUCCACUGUAACGAAUGAACUGGUUGUGUAGUCAUUUUAUAUCCAUAAUGUUUCCAAUCAAUUUUAGAUAUAGGUUUGCUGUCUGGCAAUUGUAUACAAGACUGUUUGUCAUAAGCCUGUUAUGAUGCACUAUUACAUCUUAAGUUUCUCUUUAUUAUAAAUUCAAAGUUAAAUAAUUUGUUUGUCUCCAUUUAUUAUAGUAAAUAUUUGGAAAAAAUAUGAUUUGUUGUCUCUUAAACGUUUGUUAUUUAACUGUUAUUGUGUUUUUCACUUACUAUUUUUUACACUAUAAUCCUUUUUUUAUGUUGUUUUAGUUUGGUUUCUUAAAUCAAAAUAUAAAUUUUUGUACAUACAUAAAACAAUUUUGAUAACAUCACUUUGCUUUAAUUGUUUUAUUGUUAAUACUAUGUAUAAAAUAACAAUAUUGUUUGUGUACAGGGCAGUACAAGCCUUUUUGAAAAAUAUAUAUAUCAGCUUUAGAUGUUAGUUAAGUUAUUAUAAAGUAAGGCAAAUAUUAAAAAUACAAAAGUCUAUGAGUGCUUAUUAAUGAAAUCAGUGACUUUGUUUAUAUUUAUCUGCUUUUUAAAAACUGUACUAAUUUGAUUUUUGUCCAUUAAUGUAUUCUGAAAGUGUUUAUAUGUAGCUGAAUUUAAUCUACUGAAAAGCAUAUCUUGUUAUUCAGUUCUGAAAUACGUUUCAAGUAGAAUGGACUAAUAACAUUUGUUGCUGCCAACUUUACAAUUCUGCUUGUAUUCGUUUAACAUUUUUUAAAUGUUCAUAAUAGACCUAAAUUCGAUUAAAAAAUUUUGUUACAAUAAUAUACAUUCCACAAACUUGUCUUGUCUUACGUGUAAGAUUACAUGUUAGACUUAGAAAAACUAUGUUGUUAUUUGAAACAAAUGGUUUUUAAGAUUUGUAAUGCAUCCCAAAGGUUUGUUGUAUUUAUUUUAUACAAGUAAGUUUAGUGAUUAUAUAUAAUACUGUAAGUGGAUUUGAUUUUUAGUGUUGCACCAUUCUUUAAAUGGAUUUUACAAGUAUCUUACUACUGGGUAUGACUAUCAUAACUUUUGAGUAGUUAUAGGUCUAUCGUUAAAGCCUCCCUAGAACGUCGGGCGCACAAAUUUGGCACAAUAAAUACACUAUAAGUGGGAAAGUUGUAAGUAGUUGUAAAUUAUUGGAUUUCUAAUAUUAAUUUAGUCUGGAAAAACAACUUGAUUCUGACCUAAUCUUUCAGUCUUUUAGCUCAGUUUAGCUAUGUGCAGGAGUUUAUAAAAGUACAGCAUAUUAUAUAUAUAUAAAAUAAUAAUAUUUGCCAAGAAAUAAGUACUUAUCUGAUUUUUUCAUAACUGCCCGAAAAUUUAUUUUACUCUCAUUGAACAUUGUUUAUUAAAUUGAUACAAGACAAGAUUUUAUAAUUGGCUGUGGUAGCUAGAUGGGAAUUCAGAUGAUCUUGUAAAUGUCUAUUUAAACGCACAGUGGCUAACUGGUUUUGCAGACUAACCCAUAACUUGAUAUAUGUUUUCUUCUUUAAGAAUCAAACUAUAUCUAAUAAAAUGUUUUAAAUCUUUUGAAAAAUAUGCUCUUAAAUGGAGGUAAUUGAAUUAAAAAGUUUUUUGUUAGAACACAUAACAUUUUGCAAUGUAAAAAUAUUCUCUAAAUUUGAUAAUGAUAUAACAAGUUCAGAAUAACAAAACGGUUUGAUAACCUAACAUCACAAAUAAAAACAUCACUUUAAAAUAAUUUUUGAAUGUUAUAAGGUUAUCAAGUAUAUUUUAAUAUUUGGUGUUUCAAGCCAUCUUUUUUUUUAUUCUAAGAAACGUUUAGUUUUAUUAGAAGACAGUAUUUGUUGUCGCCGUGGACGUUUUUAAACGUUGUGCGCCCGGCUAGCCAAUGUAAAUAGUCAGUAUUUCUUAUGCACUCAAAUUAUUACAGCACAAUGAUGUUAAGGCGCCAAUCUCAACUUGUUGUUAUUUUUGGAAGUACAGAACUGUCUGUGUGUUCAUCAUUGUGUAAAUGUAGUGGUAGGCUAGGGCGUCAUCACUCUUGUACAUACUGUAUCUCUUCUUGUUGCCAAGGUUAUAGUAUAGGGCUAGGAUGUGACAUACGGGUACCGAGUUUGCCCCUCUUGUGAUACACACUUCCAGUUCUCUGUCGAAUAUCAGGUAUUAAAGAAUCUUGAAUCAACACGGUCGAUCUGGAUUUUACCAUGACAGUUUUAACGUCUAGACACGUUUGUUAUAAUGUAUAGACUUAGAAAUCGGAAUACUCCUUAUGAAGUACUUAAAAUUGCCAAAUUAAGUAAUGGAUAUAUGAGAUGUAAAAAUAGCUUGUAAAUAUAGAUAUGUAGCUCUUUAAUCAAAGAAAGGGAUUUAGUGAUCUGCGUGUUUGGUUCUAGCAUGUGCUGUGACUUUGUGUUAUUUAUGAUAUAAAAAGUAAGUUUAUUUUUAUUUGUCUGACUGAUAUUGAGAUAUUAAUUAAGUAACAGUGCAGCUCUUUGGCAGCUAUUAUCUGGCAAUUUAUACUCAGACUAGUUUAUACAGUUAAUUAUUACACAAUAAGUUAUGUAUGAUCUUAUUUGAAUUGGUUUUAACAAUGUGUGCUAUUGUAGUUAACAGUUAUAACUAAAAAUUGUAAUUUUUAUGCAUUUUAUAUAAACUUUUAUCGUUGUUUAGAAUUACAUUAUUAAAUAACAAUUAAUGUAAAUCAAAUUAAUAUUUUUGGGUUCAGACUUUUUUUGUUACUUUUUUAGGGGAACGACUUUGAAAUAAUAUUGUACAUUAAACUAAAUCCCACAAUUUAUAACAGAUAUUCCUGUGUGAAAUGAAUCCAUUCCUUUUAAUGUUAGACACAGCAGGCUAUUUAUUAAAGUAAUUGUAAUAAUUUAAAUCAUGUUAACGAUACUAUAAUGUAAUUAUUAGCAGGCAUUAUGAUUUCCUACAUUCGUAACUGGUUUUGUGGUCCAAAUUAUAUAUUGAAUUAUCAUUUCAAUCUAUAUGUUAACAAAUAAUUAAUAAAAUUAAGUACUAGCUAUUGAAAUAUUUUUGAAAUUGCAGUUACUGAAUUUUUUAAAUGAUUUCACUUAUCAGCAACAAUAAAUUGAAAGAAUAUUAAAAAUACACAUAUUCCUUAAUGAAGGUAAGAAUAUGAGAGUAGUGGUGUUCCUAAUUAUGUUCAUGAAUGACCUCUACCAAUUACUUCAGCUCUUCCAAAUAAUCUACCAGGAGGGUUAUAAGUUUCUAAUCAAUAUUAUAUAGUUUACUACUUUUCCAAUUUUUAAUGAACUGUUGUUUCCUUGUCAACUUAUAGAAGUAAUAAUUUUUGUUACUAAUUAAAUAUUGUAAAGUUGUUGCUUUUUGGUUUCUAAGUACAAAGGGUGUAAUUAAAUUGACUAAGAGGCAUGAUUAACAUUGAUGUAUUAUUAAUAAAAAGUGUACUUAUCCAACAGGAUGUUUUGCAGUCGAAAAAUUAUUCAACAUAUUAAUAUAAAUCCAAACAAUUAUAAUUUGUUUCUAUGUGUCGUUUACAAGAAUAAAUGGUGUACAAUGCCUUUUUAUAAA